AUGUCAACAGCAUCUCCUUUGGCACGAUCCGCACUUAAUACAACCGAACAGGAUGACGGCUAUGGCUACAAUGCCAACGUCUUUCCUGAAAAGGAGAGCCAAAUGGUCAAGGUCGUUUCCCUGAUCGAGCAAACGGGUUUCAUCCCAAAGGAGCUUGUUCAAAAUGAGGUGUCUUGGUUCUACAACAACCUCGGCAUUGAUGACUACUACUUUGUCCUUGAAUCCGUGGAGACCAUUGCCAACCACGUCAUGUCACUUUAUGGUGCCAAGAUGCUUGCCUAUACUCGCAAUGAAAAUGCGCUCGAUGUCAAGCUCGAGAAGGAAGAUGAUGAUUCAUCUGUGUAUAUCCAUUCAUCCAAGCCAGGCGUUACCGAAUCACAAGGUCCACAAUAUGAGAAGAAGAUUGAUGAAAAGUAUUUGGAUUCUUCUACUGCUGCUUGCGCAUAUCGCGUCGAGUCCUAUCGAUCCAGUGGUCCUGCUCUCAAUGGCGUUACACCAGAUCUCCGAUCCUACUUUGUCACCAAGUGUCAAUUCGUCAAUCCCAACCCAUCAGCUGAAGAAAUGGAAGACAUCACUCGUGUCGCUGACAAGGGCUUCUUGCGUAAGGCCACCGACCACACCCUUCGCUUGUACUCCAAGGUUAUGCACAAUGUCCUUCAACGUAAAGGUCCCGUCAUUGAGAUGUAUGAAGUGCCCGGCAAGCGUGAACGCCGCUUGAUCAUUGGUUACCAGCAACGCAGCACCACUUCUUUCUUCUCUGCCAUGUCCGAUCUUUACCACUUUUAUGGCUUGUUCUCUACUCGAAAAUAUGUUGAACAAUUCUCUAAUGGUGUCACUAUUCUUGGUCUCUACCUCAACCCUGUGCCUAACAGCUCGCAAAUCCCUAUCGAGCAAUCCAUUCAUCAAGUUAUCAAGGAGACCUCGCUCAUCUUCUGUUUGCCAUCCACACCAUUCCAAUACCUCUUCCAGACCAACCAAUUGUCCUUGCAAGAAGCUGUUUACGGUUACGUGGGAUGGAUCUUUGCACAACACUUUUUGAAUCGGUUGGGCAAGGAGUAUUUGAGCUUGACCAAUAUCCUUGAUGCUCGCAACCCCAUCCACGAAGAAGUUUUGUCCAAGAUGAAGAAGCGUCUUCGCCAAGAUACUUUCACUCGUGAAUACAUUUUGGACAUCAUCAAGCGUUAUCCUGAUUUGAUCAAGUUGUUGUACGCCAACUUUGCCAAUGUUCACUAUGUCAACCAACGUGAAUCCAACAUGCCACCCACCAUCUCCUAUCAACGUUUGACUCGUCUUGAAACGCUCACCAAUGAGGAGCUCAGCCAAAAGAUCCGAUCCUUGACAUCCAACGCUCAUGAACAAGUUGUGUUUGAGUCGUUCCUUACCUUCAACAAGCACGUUCUCAAGACCAACUUUUAUCAACCUACCAAGGUCGCUUUGUCUUUCCGUUUGGAUCCUGGUUUCCUUCCAGAGAUCGAAUACCCUACCAAGCUCUAUGGUAUGUUCUUGGUGGUUGGCUCUGAAUUCCGUGGCUUCCAUUUGCGCUUCCGUGAUGUCUCUCGUGGUGGUAUUCGUAUCAUUCGCUCCCGUAAUCGCGAAGCUUACUCUAUCAACCAACGCACUUUGUUUGAUGAGAACUAUGCCUUGUCGGCUACUCAACAACGCAAGAACAAGGAUAUCCCUGAAGGUGGUUCCAAGGGUACCAUCUUGCUUGAUAUCGAUCAACAAGAUAAGCCUCGUCAAGCAUUUGAAAAGUAUGUCGACUCCGUUUUGGAUCUUUUGAUUGUGGGUCAAACUCCUGGUAUCAAGGAACGCCUUGUGGACUUGGUUGGCAAGCCUGAAAUUCUUUUCUUUGGCCCCGAUGAAGGUACUGCCGACUAUAUGGAUUGGGCUUCUCAACAUGCUCGCAGCCGUGGUGCCAGCUUCUGGAAGGCCUUCACUACUGGCAAGAGCCAAUCCCUUGGUGGCAUUCCUCACGAUACUUAUGGUAUGACCACUCGCUCUGUACAUCAAUACGUCCUUGGUAUCUAUCGCAAGUUGGGUCUUAAGGAAGAAGAAUGCACCAAGUUGCAAACCGGUGGCCCUGAUGGUGACCUUGGCUCCAAUGAAAUCAAGAUUUCCAAGGAUAAGACUAUUGCUAUUGUUGAUGGCUCCGGUGUAUUGUAUGAUCGUCAGGGUAUUGAUCGCGUUGAACUUGAACGCCUUGCCACUGAACGUCGCAUGAUCAAUGCAUUCGAUGUCUCCAAGUUGUCCCCUGAAGGUUUCCGUGUCUUGUUGGAGGAUAACAAUGUCAAGCUCUUUGAUGGCACUAUUGUUGAAAAUGGCUUCCAAUUCCGUAACACAUUCCAUACCAACCCUCUUGCACAAGCUACCGUUUUUGUCCCAUGUGGUGGUCGUCCCGAGUCUGUGGAUUUGUACAACGUCAACAAGUUGAUCGACAGCGGCAAUGGCCAAUCUUUGUUCAAGUACGUUGUUGAAGGUGCCAACUUGUUCUUUACCCAAGAGGCUCGUCUUCGUCUUGAAAAGGCUGGUGUUGUUAUUUUCAAGGAUGCUUCAGCAAACAAGGGUGGUGUCACUUCAUCUUCGCUCGAGGUGUUGGCUGCUCUUGCAUUCAAUGAUCAAGAAUUUGCUGAGCACAUGUGUGUCAAGGGUGGUAAGGUGCCUGCUUUCUAUGAAGCCUAUGUCAAGGAAGUCCAAGCUACCAUUGAGCGUAAUGCUGCCAUUGAGUUUGAAGCUCUUUGGCGCGAGCAUCAAAAGACCGGCAUUCCUAUCUCUGUGCUUUCCGAUGAAUUGUCCGUGGCCAUUGUCCAACUCCAAGAACAACUUCAAGGUACCACCCUUUGGGAUAACGCUGCUCUUCGUCAUGCUGUUCUCGAACGUGCUUUCCCCAAGUUGUUGCUUGACAAGCUUGGUCUUGACCAGCUCAUUGCUCGUAUUCCUGAAAGCUAUGUUCGUGCCAUUUUUGGUGCCUACCUUGCAUCCCAAUUUGUUUAUGAGUUUGGUGCUCAGCCUGAUCAUUUUGCCUUCUUUGAUUUCAUGCGUCAACGCUACUACAACGAAGCCAACUAA